AACCUUUUGUUGGAUCCAAAUUUUUUCUGAGUUUGUCAGUAAUGGGUACUUUGAAAUACCGGUUAAGGGCAAAGGUUGAGAUCGAGAAUGUAGCUGAAGACUUCUCUUGCUGGCAGCGUUACGGUGGGAAUCUGUCUGAGAAGUCUUCAGCUGUUGAAGAACCAGAAACUGCUUCUGUUGGCUGGGGCGCAGGUGUUGAUCAUUCUGGUGAAUCAACUUCACAUGGUGGUAUGCUCGGAUGGCAUUGGCAUAAGGAUCCUAGAUUGGAUUGUCUUGGCUUUAGGGGGAUUUUCCCCUCUGGUACAACCCCACCUUUAGUUGAGGCUGAUAAAGAAACAGAUGUAGAGAAUUAUCUUUUGUGGAGAGGAGAGAAGGGAGUUGCAGAAGGCUCAAUUGAAAUUCCAAAAGGUGAGGCAAUCCCCCUGGAAUGCAAUCUUGUAGGUCUAAAUGCUAUAAGCUUCGACAAAGGAUGCUAUGUGGGCCAAGAACUCAUAGCUUGCACACACCAUCGGGUGGUUAUUCGCAAGCGCUUGCUUCCUUUGAAGUUUCUUAAUAAUAAUGGAAAAGAAGUAGAGGAGAAAGUUGCUCCUGGUUCUGAAAUGAUUGACACUGUCUCAGGGAAGAAGGUAGGUACUGUGACCAUGGCCCUUGGCUGUCGUGGAAUGGAUGUUUUGCGGUUGGAUGAAGCCUUUAAAGUCGGUUCCUUGAUCAUACAAGGACGGGAAGAUGUUAAGGUUGACACGAUUAGACCAGAAUUGUGGCCUUCUGACUGGUAUCAAGACCAUCAACAACACAGUGCAGUUGCGUAGGACGCAUAUCCUUUUUAUGCAAGAUGUACCUGGUUUGCCAGUCCUGGCACUUUGUAGAGUUUAGAACUGCUAACUUGUAUUUAAAAAAAUAAUAAUAAUAAAGAAAAUAAAAGCAGUUUUUCACAAUGAUACUGUCAAUGUGGCAAAAAGCUUGCUUAGACUGUGCUUAGGCACCACUUAAGCUCUAGGCAAUGCUCAACUACCUUUCCUAGGCCUUAGGCUGUAGAGCCAUACGUUUCUUCUAUUUUUUUGGAUUUAUUUUUUCGUUUUAUUUUGACAUUUUUUGCAAAAAAAUAAAAAUGCUUAAUGGUG